ACCUACAAAUACUUUGGAUUUUUAAAAUUUGUUUAGGAAGCGAAGGUUUUGAUUUUAAUAAGUCCACUUUUGUUUUUAUGUUCACCUAAUCACCACUGAUUUGAAAUAAUGAAACAGUAUUUCAUAAUGUGCAUUGAUUAAAAACAUUAAAAACAUUGGAGAUAAAGUAGAUAUAAAAAAGAUGUCUCAGAUUCGAGGACAUAAUGAUUUUCCUUUGGAAGCUUUGAAAGUAAAUGGACCUAACUAUUUAAAACAUGCAUUGACCAGUUGUACAGAUCCUCUGAAGGCUAUUGAAGAAUUUCAGGUCACAAAUGGCAUACUUCUGCCUUCAUUGCGGCCAAUGCUACCCUUACUAGAUUUACAUGGAGUUAGGAGGUUGGACUUUCACAUGUCUGUGGUGGAGGAGUUGAGAGAGAAACUGAUAAAUCACAUAAAUGAAAUAGGUAAACAGGAAGGUAAAGAGAGAGAUCAUAAAUUGAAGGAAUUAUUGACCAAAAGCUUUCCAGUGGUGAAAGUGAAAGCCAUGAGACCCAUAGUAAUGGCAAUUCUCAAAAACACACCACAUAUAGAUGAUCAUUAUUUGAAAGUUUUAGUCAGAGAUAGAGAAUUAUACAAUGAUACUGACACAGAAGUUAAGAGACAGAUUUGGAAAGACAAUCAAUCUCUCUUUGGAGAUGAGGUAUCCCCAUUGCUGAGUCAGUACAUUAGUGAAAAAGAAAAUGUUUUAUUUGACCACAGCAGUUUGGGCACCCAGUUUUUUGGACCUUCUCCAAAGAUCCGAAGGCAAGGUGAAGUUGUCCAAAAACUAGCCCACAUGAUUGGCAACAGUGUGAAGUUAUAUGACAUGGUUCUCCAAUUCUUGAGAACCCUAUUUCUGAGAACUCGGAUUGUACACUAUUGUACCCUCAGAGCUGAACUCCUUAUGGCCCUUCAUGACUUGGAAGUCCAAGACAUCAUUUCUAUUGACCCUUGUCAUAAGUUCACUUGGUGCUUGGAUGCUUGCAUCAGAGAAAAAAAUGUUGAUAUCAAAAGGUCCAGAGAGUUACAAGGCUUCUUGGAUAAUGUAAAAAGGGGCCAGGAGCAGGUCCUAGGAGAUCUGUCCAUGACUCUGUGUGAUCCUUAUGCCAUCAACUUUCUGGCCACUUCUGCUAUUAAGAUAUUACAGCAUCUUAUACAUAAUGAGGCAAUGCCAAGGGAUAACACGAUUUUAAUCCUUCUUCUCAGAAUGCUUGCUCUGGGCUUGAGUGCUUGGGUAAUGAUUGAUUCUCAAGACUUCAAAGAACCCAAAUUAGAUAGCCAGGUGGUGACAAAGUUCUUACCAGCUUUGAUGUCACUUAUGGUAGAUGAUCAAGUGAGGCAGCUAUCUACCAAACUUCCUCAUGAUGAAAGAGAAGCUGCUAUCACUGUCAUUGAACAUUCUGGACCACUUCCAGAUGCUGUGGAAGCUUAUUUACAGGACAGCACAGUUGCAAGCAUAUUAGCAAUGUACUAUACCCUUCAUGUUGCUAGGUUGAAGGACAGAGUGGGAUUGUUGAGAAUCUUGACAGUUUUAGCUAACUGCAAAGAUGACAGAGCAUUUGAGGAUCCCUUUUUGCAUUUCUUUGUAUGUCUUUUGAUACAUAAUUCCGAUGAGUUCCAAGCAGAAGACUUUUGUACGGCUCUGUUUGACGAAUUUUUCUUCGCCGGUUUAUCACGCGAUAACGUAACAAGGCACUUAUUGAAACUGCUGUGGUAUGUUCAUCAAAAGUUACCGACAAGUAGAUUGCACACCCUCACGAAAGCAUUGCAGCCAACACAUCAACAUAGCGAGAAAGUGCAUAACUUGUACAAACUUUUACAAGAUAAGAUCGUAUCUCAGGAGGAAGCGGCAAUACCAGUUGAAAUGGAAAUCGAUAUCAACUCGCCAUUGAUGAGUGUUCCUACGCCAGCGCCAUACCAUCAUACUCUGUGAUUUGUUCUCAUAGAAGAUAUUCAAUUUUAAUUUGUAUACAUUCACCAUCGUUUCACAUUCACCCAAUAAGAGUUCAUUGAUCAAUACCAUUGUCUGCUAAAUAUGGAGAAAAAAUCUAGUGAGCUGUAACUAGUGGUCUGCUCUAUAGCUCAGUUAUGUGUAUGACCACCAGAGGAUGUAUUGCCGUAUCGGACGAAAUGAUCUUCACUUUUUUCUAGAAAAUUUUCGAAAUUUGUGGUUAUGUAAGUUGUCAGUGUUAAGAGCUGUCAUGACAUAUAUUGUAUUUUUCCCUAAAAAAAUCUUUCUUCUUCAAUUCUCAUUGUUCUAAUAUUCCUUUCGUUAAUAGAUAUAGUUUUGUGUUGUGCUCCCAGUAUUGAAGUAGUUUAUUCUGAUUGAUAAUUUGUUACAAAAUUCUGUCUCUCAAUUGUUCCUACCAGAAAGUGUGAAAUCUCCAAAAGUUC